CAGUUUGAAAAGUCACUUCAAAUUGAAGGACAGACAAGAAAAUGAAGUGGAUUUUAUUAACGUUCUUUUUCGCAUUGGCCUUUGCGGCUCCUCAACUUGAGAGAUUGGGAACAAGCAUCGACAAUGAUGAAGUCAAAACACUAGGAGAAAAAGUUGACACUGAUGACAUCGAGCCAUUACAACUGGAAGAAAAAGUUGACACUGAUGACAUCGAGCCAUUAAAACGGGAAGAAAAAGAUGACACUGAUGACAUCGAGCCAUUGCAAAUGGAAGAAAAAGUUGAAACUGAUGACGUCGAGCCAUUACAAAUGGAAGAAAUAACUGACACUGAUGAAGUCAAGGCUGAAAAAGCAUUUUACCCUAUGGGACCAGGCAUGAUGGGACCAGAAAUGAUGGGACCAGGAAUGAUGGGACCAGGAAUGAUGGGACCAGGAAUGAUGGGACCAGGAAUGAUGGGACCAGGCAUGAUGGGACCAGGAAUGAUGGGUCCUGGCAUGAUGGGACCAGGAAUGAUGGGACCUGGAAUGAUGGGACCAGGCAUGAUGGGGCCUGGAAUGGAUAUGGACGAUUCAGAUUCUUAUGAAGACGAUGAUUUCGAUAAUUACGAAUUUCCAACUGAUUAUAGCAGAUCCUGUUCAAAUAGUUGCAAUUGCAGAAAGGUUUGUUGGAAAAAAGUUUGGUGUCCCUGCAAAUGUCCACCAAAAUGCCCAACAACAAGACCAACAACGACCACAUCAACAACGACCACACCAACGACCACAACAACAACGACGACAACAACGACCACUACUACGACUCCCGAAAUUACUACUACUACUUUAGAAGAAACAACAACAGAAGUAACAACAACAGAAACACCUCCUUGCGAAUGCUGUCAGCCAAGAUGCAAAUGCCGACCAUAUUCCCCUCCAACAAUUGAAGACAUAUUAGAAGAUUGGAGACCAAGACCCGAUCAAGACCGAGACCAAGAAGAAUGGCCACCACUAUUCCCGGAACAAGAAGAAAGACCAAUCGAGUGGCCUCAACCACCACCACAAUUAUGGCCCCAACCUCCUCAAGAACGACCCCAACCUCCACAAUUAUGGCCCAUGCCCCCACAAAUAUGGCCUCAACCUCCUCAAGAACGACCACAACCUCCACAAAUAUGGCCCAUGCCUCCACAAAUAUGGCCCAUGCCUCCUCAACAAUGGCCGGAAAAUCCACAACAAUGGCCUAUGCCUCCACAACAAGGGCCGCAAUUCCCACAACCAUUUCCCCAAUUACCACAGCAACAACAGGCUUAA